CUUCCUCUCUAGCCUCACCAUGGACUUCCCUCGCCGGGUCAUCCGCUCGCCCCUCUUUAGACAUCAUGCCUGCCCGCUCAGUCCUCGCAUACCGAAUCCAUCCUUCUUGACACAACCAUAUGCCGCUUCCUCAUACCCCCGCCAACCCUCGAGCGCGCGCGGAUAUGCCUCCCUACGAGUAGAAAAGGCGGGGGCGACCAACUCAGAUCCCCCUCAAGCGCAUCCAUUGUCUGGAUAUUAUUACGAUAUUUUGUCCACCCGCUCACCCUACCGGCGUCAUGCGACACCCACCUCCGAGCCCGAAUCCUCCCAAGAGUCCCCAGCUUCCGAGGCGCACACCCCGCAGGAAAAGAUGGCCAUUGUCUUUGGUACGCGGCUGGCAGGCCCUGGCCGCUCUUCACGCUAUGAUCCCGGCUCAGCACCGGACGCGACAUGGAAAACAAUCAACGGGGUCGCGAUUCCUCCUCGACCGGAGGAACCCGACAAUUGCUGCAUGAGUGGCUGCGUCCACUGCGUAUGGGACGACUUUCGCGACGAGCUGGAGGACUGGGCUUUCAGACUCGAACAGGCGAAAGCGAAGGGUGCGACCAAAAGUGGUGCCACAGACUUGCGUCAUACUCCACGGCCUGAAGUCGCUUCGGCCAGUGGGAGCAUGGAUGACGACGGUGGUGGCAGUGAGACGAAUUGGUCGGUACCCAAAUCGGGAGACGACUUGUUUGCCGAUAUCCCCGUGGGGAUCCGGGAGUUUAUGAAGACGGAAAAGAAGUUAAAGCAAAGACAUCAGCAGGAAGGCCAUACAUGAGGAGAAUAACUCUCCUCGGGGCUGUUGCCAGCAUUUCCUACCUCGGAGUACGAAUACCUUUGUUGCAUGAUUUAUGUCGAAUGGAUUGGUUGUUGCUGGAGACUUUUGUACAUAGUUAGACUAUAUCAUUAGAUUUAGAAUUGUAUAUACACUCACUCAUCA